AUGCGUUACGCGAGAACAGUCCCUCUCUCUUACACAAACUUACUCGCUAAUCACCUUAAGAACCAAAGAGUAGACAAAGCACGCGUCAUUUUCGAUAAAAUCCCGUCUCCAAAUGUUCGUCUAUACACCAUGAUGAUUGCCGGGUAUACAAGAGAUGACAGGCUACGUGAUGCUUUGGACCUGUUUGAUAAAAUGUCUGUUAGAGAUGUGAUUUCUUGGAAUUCGAUGAUAAAAGGGUGUUUAGAUUGUGAGAAUUUAGGUAUGGCUACACGGUUGUUUGAUGAAAUGCCUGACAAGAAUGUUAUUUCUUGGACGACGAUGAUAAAUGGCUACUUGAAGUUUGGGAGCGUUGAGGUUGCUCGGAGGUUGUUUUGGGAUAUGCCAGUAAAGGAUGUUGCGGCGUGGAAUGCGAUGAUACAUGGGUAUUUUGAGAAUGGGAGAGUUGAAGAGAGUGUCAGGUUGUUCGAACAAAUGCCUGUUAGAGAUGUCAUUUCGUGGACUUCGAUGAUUGGAGGGCUUGACCACAAUGGGAAGAGUGAAGAAGCGUUGUUUGUUUUUAAGAAGAUGGCGAGUUCUGGUUUUCAGCCGACUUCGAGCACGUUUGCUUGUGUUUUGUCAGCUUGUGCCAAUGCAGUGGAAUUUAAUUUGGGUGUUCAAGUUCAUGCUCAUGUUGUUAAGUUAGGAUGUUGUUUUCAUGAGUUUAUAUCAGCAUCACUCAUAACGUUUUAUGCGAAUUGCAUGAAAAUAGAGGAUGCUCACAAGAUCUUUAAUGAGACACUGACUAAAAAUGUCGUAAAAUGGACAGCUCUUUUGACGGGAUUUGUAUUGAAUAAUAAGCAUCAGGAUGCAUUGAGGGUUUUUGGUGACAUGAUUAAGGCGGGUGUUCUUCCAAAUCAAUCUACUUUCACUAGUACUUUAAGUGCAUGUUGUGGAUUAGAGGCUCUUGAUAAGGGUAAAGAGAUCCACACUGUAGCUGUUAAGAUAGGACUGGAAUCUGAUGUUUCUGUUGGUAAUUCUCUUAUAGUCAUGUAUACAGAAUGUGGAAAUGUAUAUUCUGCUAUUGCUAUAUUUAGGAACAUUGAUGAGAAGAAUAUUGUCUCGUGGAACUCAAUUAUUGUUGGAAGUGCACAACAUGGUUUUAGCCUGUGGGCAUUGAUUUUCUUUACCCAAAUGAUACGUACAGGGGUAGAUCCAGAUGAGAUCACAUUCACUGGUUUACUUUCUGCUUGUAGUCGUUCUGGAAUGUUGAAGAAGGGGAGGUGCUUUUUUGAGUACAUCAGUCGAUAUAAAUCCGACGUAUUGAGGAUUCAACACCAUGCUUGUAUGGUGGACCUCUUGGGCAGAUGCGGGAAGUUGGAUGAAGCAGAGGAAUUGGUUAGAAAUAUGCCCAUGAAAGCGAAUUCAAUGAUAUGGCUAGCGUUGCUUAGUUCAUGUAGGGUGCAUUCUAAUUUUGAGGUUGCUGAAAGAGCUGCAAAACACGUUCUUGAUCUAGAGCCACAUUGUAGUGUUGCCUAUGUCUUGUUGUCUAAUAUAUAUGCUUCUGCUGGCAGAUGGGCUGAUGUCUCUAGAAUGAGAAUGAAGAUGAAACAGGGAGGACUUGUGAAACAACCAGGAUCCAGUUGGGUACUGGACUGGUUGAGAAGAAAGUUGAAGGAAUUUGGUUAUGUUCCUGAUCAAAGAUUUGCUCUACAUGAUGUUGAAGAUGAGCAGAAGGAAGAGAUGUUGUCUUAUCACAGUGAGAGGCUUGCUAUUGCAUUUGGGCUAGUUAGCACUGUGGAGGGUAGCACAAUAACAGUCAUGAAGAAUCUCCGUGUGUGUGGGGAUUGCCAUUCUGCCAUUAAGCUCAUGUCAAGGAUUGUAGUACGCGAGAUUGUUGAGUAUCAAGCUUGUCUACCUGAGGAGCUUGCUGGAGGAGCUGUCAAAGCAGCCGGAGACUUUGAUUCUAAUGUAACGGGUAGUUUCAUGAGGGUUGAAGCUGAUCUAUACAAUUGUUUGCAGAAAAGCUCUCAUCAGCUCUGGCAAGUGACAGUUUCAAGGCGAGAAGGACAUAUGGACACCAGCUAG